AUGGCUUCGAAUCUCGCGGUGCAGCUCACGGCGCCAAAUGGCCGACAAUAUACGCAGCCCACAGGGCUGUUUAUCAACAAUGAAUGGGUGGCAUCGGGCGACGGCAAGACGAUUUCCUCUAUCAAUCCCACAACCGAGACCGAAAUAACAUCUGUCCAUGCUGCAUCCCCCUCAGACAUCGACAAGGCCGUGGUAGCCGCGCGUGCGGCACUCAACAACCCUUCAUGGCGCGACCUAGGCGCCUCGGAGCGCGGAAAGCUGCUAUACCGACUGGCCGAGCUGGUCGAGGCGCACCGCGACACGCUGGCCACGAUCGAGACGUGGGACAAUGGGAAACCGUUCGCCGUCGCCAGAGACGAGGACCUGGCCGAGGUCGCCGAGACGCUGCGCUACUACGCCGGUUGGGCCGACAAGGUGUUUGGCCAGGUUAUCGAUACCACGCCGGACAAGUUUGCGUAUACGAUCAGAGAGCCCGUCGGGGUCUGUGGGCAGAUCAUCCCAUGGAACUAUCCCUUGUCCAUGGCCGCGUGGAAACUCGGUCCGGCGCUGGCAUGCGGAAACGCCGUGAUCUUGAAACCAGCCGAGCAAACGCCGCUCUCGAUUCUGUACUUUGCCAACCUGGUCGUGGAAGCAGGCUUCCCCGCCGGCGUGGUAAACAUUGUCAACGGCCUGGGACGCAUCGCCGGCGCUGCGAUCGCGUCUCACCCAGGCAUUGACAAGAUCGCGUUCACCGGCAGCACGGCGACAGCGCGCGAGAUAAUGAAAAUGGCCGCAAGCAACCUGAAAAACAUCACGCUCGAGACCGGCGGCAAGAGCCCGCUGAUUGUCUUCAACGACGCUGACCUGGAGCAGGCGGUCGAAUGGGCUCAUAUCGGCAUCAUGUCGAACCAAGGGCAGAUCUGCACGGCAACCUCGCGCAUCCUCGUGCAGGACAAAAUCUACGACAAAUUCCUCGACCAGUUCAAGAGCCAGGUCAAAUCCAUCAGCAAAGUCGGUGACCCAUUCGACGAGUCCACCUUCCAGGGCCCCCAGGUCACCAAGGCACAGUACGACCGCAUCAUGUCGUACGCGCAAAUCGGCAAAUCCGAAGGCGCCAAACUGGCCCUGGGCGGCCAACGGUAUUCUGCGGAAAAGAAAGGGUUCUUUGUUGAACCGACUGUGUUUACAGAUGUGUCGAGCAAGAUGCGUAUCUACCAAGAGGAAGUCUUUGGGCCCUUUGUCGUCAUCGCCCGCUUCUCGACCGAGGACGAGGCGGUUCGCAUGGCCAACGAGACAACCUACGGUCUCGGAUCGGCUGUGUUCACAACCGAUUUGGUGCGUGCGCAUCGAGUGGCGCGCCGUAUCGAGGCUGGUAUGGUCUGGAUCAAUUCGAGUAAUGAUUCCGACUGGCGGAUUCCGUUUGGAGGUGUCAAGGGCAGUGGCAUUGGCAGAGAGCUUGGAGAGGAAGGCCUCAAGGCGUACAGCCAGGUCAAGAGCGUUCAUGUGAAUAUGAAAUCUAAGCUGUAG